AUGGAAACUAAUCGUGCGGUAUUAGUUAGCCCAGACAUGAAAAGCAGUGGUAACCGAUUUGAACUUACUUUUUCCUAUCAUAUGUAUACCUAUGUUGUUGGAACAUUAUCAAUCUCUACAACAUAUAACGGUGUCAUUUGGACUAAAAGUGGCAGUCAAAGCGUUAGUUGGUUGAGUGAAAAGAUACCUAUUAACGUUCCUAAAGGACAAGAAUAUCAAAUUCAUAUUUCUGCCACAGCAGGUUAUGCCAAUUUAGCUAUCGAUGAUAUUAUCUGGAGAAAAGAUCAACGUGCAGAAGAAAUUCAAUCGAUUCGAGCGAUACCCAAUCAUCCAAGAUGUGGUAUAGCUAACUCUAUACCUCGGAUUGUUGGCGGUAGUGUUGCUUCUCCUCAUAGCGUUCCAUGGCAAGCGUUAUUGACUGUGCAUACUACGAUAGGGAAUCUUCGGCGUAGAAGUACUUGUGGUGGCUCAUUAAUUAAUGAAAACUGGCUCAUUACAGCAAGUCAUUGUGUAUCGAAUAAACCAUUUCUAGUUGAUAUUGAAUUUGGACGGCAUAAUCUUUUAGCAGAAGAGAACUAUACUAAGCAAACAAGGAUCGCUAAGUCUAUCUUUCUACAUCCCAUAUUUCAAGAUAAAUAUUCCUAUUUGCAUAUUAAAGAUAUGGAUGCUGAUAUUGCUUUAAUUAAGCUUAAUGCACCAGUAGCUAUUAAUAAUUUCGUGCGGCCAAUAUGUUUUCCAGCAGCUAAUGAUACAUUUAAUGAAUUUAACUCAUGCAAAAUCUCUGGUUGGGGUAGAACAGCUGGCCAGCCGAGUCAUAUCUUACGUUAUGCCGAUGUCCCUAUCUUGAAUCAGAAACUUUGUAAUAGUACCCAUUCUUAUAAUGGUCAAAUAACUUCUAACAUGUUAUGUGCUGGUUAUAUGCAAGGCUACACAGAUGCUUGCUAUGGUGAUAGUGGUGGUCCACUAUCAUGUAAGCAUCGUCCAGAUGCAGUCCCAUCUGCGUAUUCAAAUCGAUGGUAUUUAGCUGGUGUCAUUAGUGGUGGACAGGGUUGCGGACAAAAAUAUUACCCUGGUAUUUAUACAAGCGUAACAACAAUACCCAUUUACAAAUGGUUAUCAAAAAUAUUAGAAAAUAACUAA